UUCUCUCUCUCUCCUUCUCUCAUUCACUCUUCUGUCUCUCUCUCUCUCUGUCCUCUCUCUCCCUUCACCUUCAUCCCUGCCUUUCUCCGUUUCACCACAAUAAUGGAUCUCUCGGCGAGAUGUUUGUGUCUUCUCUCCUGUCUCGGCGUGGUGUUGGCGAUCGGCUUGGAGGCGAUCGACCCAGGCUACUAUGUGGAGUCCGGUGCCACAUCAGAGCAGAUCGACUACAAGGAUCCCUGUAAAGCUGUUGCCUUUCUGGGAGACAUUGCUCUUGACGAGGAGGACAUGCGAAUGUUUAAAGUGGACAGAAUAAUCAAUUUGGCGCAGAGAACCGUCCAGAUGGUUAAUCAUACAGACACAGGAUCAACCAACCAGAGUAGCCUAAAUAGGCAAAGUUCACUCCGCAGGAAAAGGGCUGCCACCUCCAGACCUGAACGCGUUUGGCCUGAAGGUGUUAUUCCCUAUGUCAUCAGUGGAAACUUUAGUGGCAGCCAGCGGGCAAUAUUCCGCCAAGCCAUGCGGCACUGGGAGAAGCACACCUGUGUGACCUUUAUUGAGAGGACGCAGGAGGAGAGCUAUAUUGUCUUCACCUACCGACCAUGUGGGUGCUGCUCCUAUGUGGGUCGUCGUGGAGGGGGCCCUCAGGCCAUAUCCAUUGGGAAAAACUGCGACAAGUUUGGCAUUGUGGUGCACGAGUUGGGUCACGUAAUUGGAUUCUGGCACGAACACACGCGGCCGGACCGAGACGAACACGUCAGCAUUAUCAGGGACAACAUUCAACCAGGACAAGAGUAUAACUUUUUGAAGAUGGAGCCGGGGGAGGUGGACUCUCUGGGAGAGGUCUAUGACUUUGACAGUAUCAUGCACUAUGCCAGGAAUACAUUCUCCAGGGGCAUCUUCCUGGACACCAUCCUGCCACGCUACGAUGUGAACGGAGUGCGACCACCCAUUGGCCAGAGAACCAGACUGAGCAAAGGGGAUAUCACACAGGCACGCAAACUCUACAAAUGCUCCAGAUGUGGGGACAGUCUGCAGGACAGCAGCGGGAACUUCUCCUCCCCUGGCUUCCCCAACGGAUACUCAGCCUACAUGCACUGCAUCUGGAGAAUAUCAGUCACACCAGGGGAAAAGAUCAUUCUGAACUUCACCUCCAUGGAUCUGUACAGGAGCCACUUAUGUUGGUAUGACCAUGUGGAAAUCCGAGAUGGAUACUGGAGGAAGGCACCACUCAAAGGUCGAUUCUGUGGUGAUAAGCUGCCAGAGCCAAUCAUCUCCACUGACAGUCGAUUGUGGAUUGAGUUCCGCAGCAGCAGUAACUGGGUGGGAAAAGGUUUCUCCGCCGUUUAUGAGGCCAUCUGUGGUGGGGAGGUAAAGAAAGACAAUGGCCAGAUCCAGUCCCCCAACUACCCUGAUGACUACAGGCCCAACAAAAUGUGCGUGUGGAAGAUUACUGUUGCUCAGGGCUACCACGUAGGCCUUACCUUCCAGUCUUUUGAGAUUGAGAGGCAUGACAGUUGUGCCUAUGACUACCUGGAGGUGCGCGAUGGAAACUCUGAGAACAGUCCCCUACUGGGCCGCUUCUGUGGCUACGACAAGCCAGAUGACAUCAAAACCAGCUCCAACCAGCUGUGGAUGAAAUUUGUUUCAGAUGGCUCUGUCAACAAGGCCGGCUUUGCUGCCAACUUCUUCAAAGAGAUGGAUGAGUGCUCCAAGCCGGACAACGGUCGCUGUGAGCAACGCUGUGUCAACACAUUAGGCAGCUACAAGUGUGCCUGUGACCCAGGCUAUGAGCUGGCUGCUGACAAGCGCAGCUGCGAGGCUGCAUGUGGAGGCUUCAUCACCAAGCUGAAUGGGUCGAUCACCAGCCCGGGUUGGCCCAGAGAGUACCCCCCAAACAAGAAUUGCAUAUGGCAGCUGGUUGCCCCCACGCAGUACCGCAUCACUCUGCUCUUUGACGUCUUCGAGACUGAGGGCAAUGACGUGAGCACUGGGGUUAUUUUGAAUCGGCGUGGGGUUUGUAAGUACGACUACGUGGAGGUGCGCAGUGGGCUUUCAGCAGAUUCAAGGCUACAUGGGAAGUUCUGUGGGGCAGAGAAACCAGAAGCUAUUACCUCCCAGUACAACAACAUGCGCAUUGAGUUUAAAUCAGACAAUACAGUGUCCAAAAAGGGCUUUAAAGCACAGUUCUUCUCAGACAAAGAUGAAUGCUCUAAGGAGAACGGUGGCUGUCAACAUGAGUGUUUCAACACCUUUGGGAGCUACAGCUGUCAGUGCAGGAGUGGCUUUGUGCUGCAUGAGAACAAACACGACUGUAAAGAAGCUGGCUGUGAUCACACUGUGAAUACUGUGAGCGGUAUCAUCACCAGCCCAAAUUGGCCGGAUAAAUACCCCAGCAAGAAGGCAUGCACCUGGGCAAUCACCACCACUCCAGGCCACCGCAUCAAAAUCGCUUUCAACGAGCUCGACAUGGAGGCCCACCUGGAGUGUGCUUACGACCACAUUGAGAUUUACGACGGUCGAGAUGGGAAAGCUCCAAGUCUGGGUCGCUUCUGUGGCACCAAGAAGCCCCCACCCAUCACUUCUAGUGCCAACAAGCUGUUCGUUCGCUUCUUCUCUGAUAAUUCUGUGCAGAAGAAAGGCUUCGAGGCUUCCCAUACUGCAGAGUGUGGAGGUCGCCUCAAGGCUGAGGUCAAAACCAAGGACCUGUUCUCCCAUGCCCAGUUCGGGGACAAUAACUACCCCGGAGCCUCUGACUGUCAGUGGGUGAUCUCGGCGGAGAAAGGGUAUGGAGUGGAGCUCAUCUUCCAGACCUUUGAGAUUGAGGAGGAGGCAGACUGCGGCUAUGACUACAUGGAGCUCUUCGAUGGAGCUGACACCAAGUCUCCACGGCUGGGACGUUAUUGUGGCUCAGGGCCUCCAGAGGAGAUCUACUCGGCCGGUGACUCCAUUGUGAUCAAGUUCCGCUCCGACGAUACCAUCAACAAAAAAGGAUUCCACGUCCGCUACACCAGCACCAAGUUCCAGGACACACUUCACUCACGCAAGUGACAAGCGGGGGCCGGAAGGGGCCGUGCAGGGCAAAGGGGCAAACGGAGGGGCCCCCAGGGGAGGCGCCAGCCUGAUGCUCGGAAACCUUCGGCCACCAAGAUGAAUCAGACCCGACUGAACAGCCGCAAGACCACCAACCGCACCUCAGCUCAUAGGGGCUCUAGCUCCCCCCACAGACUGUGAGGAGUAAAGCCAUUUUGCAGCACACCUUGUUUUUACCUUUUUAUGUUUAGGUUUGGGGUGGGAGGAUGAAUGUCCGCCUUAGGUGGACAGUAGGGUAAAGUCAUUGACCCAGAUCCCUCCAGAUAUUUUUUGUUAGUUUCUUCUUCUUUUUUAAACGUGCCUCCCAAUGAGAGGCACAAAGGAAAAUAGUGGAUUCUCAGGACCUGUAGGAAGGCAGGCAUCAGCUGGACAGAUCCCUGCUUUUGUCUGGCCAGCCCACCACAUCCAGGGGGAGGAGAGGAAGAGGAGGAGGAGUAUGGGAAGGUCUACCGCACUCCUUAAUAAUUGCUCUCCUCUCCUCACACUCAUCCUUUUGGUUCAAGGAUUCCUAUCUUUAAAAGGAUUAGAAGGACUUGACUUGAGAUUUUUGGUGCUGUAUGUCAGUCAAUUGCAUGUAAUUACAAGGAAAGACGGAAAACUGUACAGUGACAACACCAGCAUUUGUAAUUGGCAUUGUCCUGGCAACCAGUGGCAAGAUUCUCGUUGUUACCAUUAACAAGGAAAUUAAGGAACCAGUUAUCUUAUUAAAGGACUAAUAAAUGAAUUGUGGUCCAUGUCUUCUGGUUGGUAAUUGCUUGCCUGAUGACUUGCUAUUACUGUACCUUCAUGUAUAAAGUAAUGUGUAUGAUCUUUCAAAGGGAACAUGUGCUUUUCUCAGCUCGAACCAGUUAGCACUUUACAGUGAAUUGUUCCAAAAUCAUGAGCUUAUGAAUUUUUGUGAAAUGCAAUGCCAGUUCACUUAUUAUUAAAUGCAUUUUAUCUCUCUUAUGCUUCA